AUGCAAAACUCCACCGCAACAGGCCACGACUUCCAGGACGAAGAGGAAGGCCGUCACCCUGGCGAUCUCUCAGAGUCCCACACCGCCACCCAACCCAGGUCCUCUCGCAAGGAAGAAAGGGAUGGCAUUGCCAAGCAGGAGGAUCGAUUUGUGUUUGUAUUUCGGGUCUUGGUCAUGGCCGUCUUGGUUCUCUCUGCCAUUGCUGUCUCUGUGGGGGUGUACUUCUAUGUGACCAACCAGGAAAAGGCUGCCUUUGAAACCAAGUUUGACUCAGAUGCCAGCAAAAUUUUGGAAUCGAUUGGCACAACCUUUGAGCAGACCCUGGGAUCUACCGAUGCCUUCAUUACCCAACUCAUCGCUUAUGCCCACUACUCCGACUCCACAUGGCCCUUCAUUACAAUGCCAGCCUUUGCCAUUCACGCUACCAAGCUCCUCAAGCUCUCAAAGGCCUUCUACUUUUCUGUGUACCCAUUUGUGGAGCCUUCGCAGCAUGACGAAUGGAUUGACUAUACCAAUGCAACCAAUGGGUGGAUCCAUGAGAGUCUUGACAUUCAGGCCAAUGACGAAGACUGGUGGGGUCCCAAGGAGCAAGACUUCAGUCAUAGGCAUGAGAUCUUUGCCACUGGGGGCAAGGCAAGAGAUGGGCCCUUCGCCUACAUGAACAACUUCCUUCCAAGCUGGCAAGUUCAUCCAAUGGUUCCUAGCGCUGGUUGGGGUUUCCCUUACAACUAUGACAUCUGGCAGAUUGACUCUCUCGCUCACGCUAUUCUGUAUGCAGACAAGAACAAACGAGUUGUGGUUUCCCCUCAAGUUAAUGCCAUCUAUGACCCCACAAGUGAAGAAUCCAUUGCCGGAGCAGAGAGUCAGUCCAAUUGGGCUUCAUCAUUCACACAUCCAGACAUUGAUAACUCUGAGCCAUUCAGUGUCAUCACAUUCCCCAUCUAUGAUAGCCUUGAGAGUGUGAAGCUCGACCUCAGCAAGAACCACACCUUUGUUGGAGUUGUCACCUUUUCGCUGUAUUGGAGAGAACUCAUCCAGAAGAUCUUACCAGAAGGUUCUAAUGGAGCCAUUGUAGUCUUUGAAGACCCCUGUGCACCUGCCUUUACGUACCGUCUGGAUGGCCCAGAGGCUACCUUCCUUGGAGCAGGGGACUUGCAUGAUCCGGUUUACGAUGACAUGAAGCACUCUGCAAGGCUUCCAGACAUUGCCAAUGUUCAUGGAGGCAAGGAGGGAUCCUACUCUACAUACACAGGUCUUCCCAUUGCAGAGGACUUCUGCACCAGGACAAUCAGUGUCUACCCAUCCCAAGCCAUGAAAGAAGAUCACACCACUGGGGACCCAGUCCUCUUCACAGUUGCUGCUGCCUUCAUUUUCCUAUUCACUUCCAUGAUCUUCAUCAUCUACGACUUCUGGGUUAACAGAAGGCAGCGUAUUGUCAUGCAGCAGGCCCUGGCAUCCGGGUCAAUUGUUUCAUCCCUCUUCCCCAAGAAUGUCAGGCAGCAGCUCUACAAGGAGGAAAAGGACAAGAAGGAGAAAGAGAAGGCAGCGAAGGACUUCCUCUUUGUUGCCAGAAGCAGUACUGGUACAAUGGGGAGCACUAAUGAAUACAGUGAUCUGACUUCUUCCCGGCCUAUUGCGGACCAUUUUCAAGAUACAACCAUUCUAUUUGCAGACUUGAGGGGCUUCACUGCAUGGUCUGCAAAACGUGAACCUGUGGAGGUGUUUGAGCUUUUGGAAGCUGUAUAUGGCCGGUUUGAUCAGAUUGCCUUGCGAAGGAGGGUGUUCAAGGUUGAAACUAUCGGUGACUGUUAUGUGGCUGUCACAGGAAUCCCCACUCCACAGAAGCGUCAUGCAGCCAUCAUGGCCCGGUUCGCUAGUGAAUGUCUGACUGCUCUUCAUCAGGUAACUCACAGUUUGGCUGAAAAGCUUGGUGAAGACACAAAGAAGCUUGCCAUGAGAGUUGGCCUCCACAGUGGGUCUGUCACAGCUGGUGUGCUUCGGGGCGAAAAAGGGUGUUUCCAGCUGUUUGGAGACACCGUCAAUACUGCUGCGAGAAUGGAGCAAAAUGGCAGCCCAGACAGGAUUCAUGUCUCCCAAGAGUGCGCCAAUGCACUCCGACUGGAUGGCAAAGGCAAGUGGGUGGUUCCACGAGAAGACAAGAUUGAAGCCAAGGGCCUUGGACAACUUGAUACUUACUGGGUAGUAACGAGCAUUGGUGGUUUGGAAACCAUGUCCCAUGGAACUAGUUUUUCAUCCGAAAGUCCAGUCGACCUUCGGACUUCAAAGCAGAGCCCUGACUUGGCUAUCACCGAGGAUGCAAACCAAGAUCUGGCGGAGACUGCGGAUGUCACAGUUUGA